AUGACGGUUGAAUCACAUUAUCAGCAAAAAAUUAUAGAGGUUUUCAAAAAAGCCGAUCAGGGUCAUUUGUUCAAGUACUAUGAAACAUUAUCGGCAAAAGAACAGCAAGUCCUUGUCAACCAGCUAUCAACGAUUGAGGACCCCAUGAAAUUGGUCAAAACCGUUUCCGAGGCUAUCAAGUUUUCCCUAGCAAACUCAUCUUCAGGCAGUUUUACCCAGUUACCAGAUGAACAAACGGCUUCAACCAUUGGUCUUGCCAAGGACGUUUAUAACCGCUGGUCCGAGUUGGGAUACAAGGCCAUUGCAAAUGGCGAAGUUGCAAUUUUGUUAAUGGCAGGUGGCCAGGGUACGAGGUUAGGCUCAGAUGACCCAAAAGGUUGUUUUGAUAUUCAUUUACCCUCACAAAAGUCGCUAUUCCAAAUCCAGGCAGAAAAGAUAUUGAAGAUUGCAAAUUUGACUCGAGAAAAGUUUAAUUUGGAUUUCGUGCCGGAAAUUGUUUGGUAUAUCAUGACCAGUGGGCCAACAAGAACUUCAACAGAAGCAUUUUUUAAACAGCACAAUUUUUUCGGGUUAAACAAGUCCCAAAUCAAAUUCUUUGAUCAGGGGAAAUUACCAUGCUUUGAUAUUAAUGGUGAGAAAAUCUUGCUUCAUUCUAAGAAUGCAAUUUGCGAAGCGCCAGAUGGAAAUGGCGGUUUGUACAAAUCAUUACAAAAUAAUGGCAUAUUGGAAGACAUGAUAAGCAAGGGAAUCAAACAUAUCCACAUGUACUGUGUCGACAACUCACUUGUAAAAGUUGCUGAUCCUGUUUUCUUGGGUUUUGCAAUUGACAAAAACUUUGACUUGGCUACAAAAGUUGUACGGAAAAGAGACGCCAACGAAAGCGUUGGGUUAAUUGUGUUGAACAAGGAUACAAAUAGACCGUGUGUGAUUGAGUACAGUGAAAUCUCAAAAGAAUUGGCUGAAAAAAAGGAUCCUCAAGAUUCAAACAAGUUGUUUCUUCGUGCUGCUAACAUUGUUAACCAUUAUUACUCUGUGGAUUUAUUGGCCAGAAUGAUUCCUAAAUGGAUCUCAUCUCAAGAGUAUCUCCCAUUCCACAUUGCUAAAAAAAAGAUACCUUGCAUUAAUUUGAAAACAGAUGAAUCUCACAAGCCAGUGGAACCAAAUGGUAUAAAAUUAGAACAGUUUAUUUUUGAUGUUUUCCCUUCGGUCGAAUUAGAGAAAUUUGGCUGUCUUGAAGUUGAUAGACUGGAUGAAUUCUCACCAUUGAAAAACGCUGAUGGUGCAAAGAAUGAUACUCCUACAACUUGUAAACUGGAUUACUUGGCUAGAGGCACUAACUGGGUGAAAGAAAAUGGCGGCUUAUUGGAAAAUGAAGAUGACCUCGUCGAAAUCAGCCCAUUAACAAGCUACGGCGGAGAGGGUCUAGAGUUUGUCAAAGGCAAAACAUUCAAGAAUGGUGAUGUUAUUUAA